AUUAGUGGCCGUUCGAUCGUGAAGGGUUUAAAAACGAAACCCCUUGCACUUUGUCGAUCGGCUAAUCUCUCUCUUUCCCGCUUUCGUCUUCUUUCUUCUAAGUCUCCGCCCAAUGGAACCGCGGUUAGGGUUCGAAGAAGAAACGAUUGCCGCUUAUAAUCAAGAGUUUUCAUCAUCAUCAACGUCAUCCAACGGCUACAAAUUGGUGCCUUGGAUAAACUGGGCCGAAUGGGAAUCAGUUAGAAAAUCUCUCUUCUCGUCUUCUCCACAUAAGAUUUCCUCUGCUCUCUCAAGAAUAUCGACGUGGCGGAGCAGAGGUUGUUUACCGGUUGUGAUUGAUGUCACUGCUUCAAUCAUUGAAAUUCAGCUGACCGAUCCUUUCUUCCGAAGCGACAGAUCCAAAGAUGAUUUACAUUCAGAACAAAUACUAGCUAUGUUGUAUUGCAUGGCAAUCUUGAGGCUUGUUAACUGUGUAAUUGAGAAGACACGUAAGAGAACUGGGAUUUCAAUUGCUGAUGCAGCUGAUGCAAUUGGUAUUCCACGUAGACUGAUUGAUGUCCGUCAUGAGGGUUCUCACCGUGACCUCCCUGCCCUCGCAAUUGUUCGGGAUUCCUCAGUUGUGGCACUUAAUUGGCUGAAAUCCUAUUAUUGGGAACCUCAGAAGAAGCAAAUUCCAUUUCAAAUAGAUGAAGCUAUUAAUAUUAGAAGAGAAAUCAAAUCCAAACUCCGUGAGUUGGCUUUCUGCAUAAAAAUUAAGCAGAAUCCUGAAAUUGGAUCUUUGCUUGUAAGAGGAAAAGAGUUUUUCUGUCCUACAUCAGAAAUAGCUUGGCUCCGAUGCUAUAUGUUGGCCACUUUACCUGGUGGCAGACAGUUCAAACACCUUUGUGGCCGUAGCAAAUUUUUCUCACGUAUGGCAGGCAAGGUCCAAUCAUCCCAAUCUGGAGGUCCUAAGAAACAAAUUAGCAAAACCUUGAAAAGUCUUGUAAGCUUAUAUUCUACUUCAUCCUCAGAAGUAGUAUCUGUGUUAAUGGAAUUCUUGCUGAAGGCUUUAGAUUCUUCAAGCUUGGUGGAACUUGCAAAAGAUUCUCAAGCAGGCCAAGACAAACAUGCUUCAUGGGAUGAUUGGCAGUCUGUGAUAACAAAAUUUUCAAAUAAGGAACCAGAAUUGCUUCUUGCCCUUCUUCAGAGGAUUCUUGAUACGAUUGGGAAAAAGGAUGCAUCAAAAUAUGAAACGGAUGGUCAUCUGACUUCAUCUGAGGGUAGAGAGGAGGCUUGCCAAGUAGAAAAUCUUUCAUCUUUGUUUGCAUGGCUGGUCAGACAUCUUCUGGAAUUAGAGCCUCAUGAAACCAAAGGUUCUGCAGGAAAAAGCAUGUCAGAUGUAAUUCUAAUGGAGCUCCUGCGUAAAUGUCUCCUGGUGUCGUCUUUUAGUAACAACCAUCUCAUGGAUUCAGCCCUUCAUCUUGCGCAGCUUGUUGGAAACAGUGUUUUGAUCGAGAAAAUCAACAAACUUCGUUCAUUAGGUUUGUCAAGUACAGAGAUAAUUGAAGAAAAUUCUUCACUUGAGAUCUCAAAAAUUGUUAGUCAAGAAGAGGAAUUCAUCAAUCAAGCAGCUAAGAAGCUAGAACUGUUUAAACUUGGCAAAAUGAAGAGCACGUUUGUAAAAACAGCAGAUGGUGUUAGAAACUCAAACAGAUGGGUUGUGGCAAAAUCAUGGAACCCAUGUCCUCUUGGUAUGCUGCCUCGUGCUCUUGGGUCGUCUGGUCGUAUUCCAGUGCUUGACCGUGAUAAUGACUGCCAAAAGGAUACAGAAGUAGUGGAAGGGAAGAACUGGGAACUCAACUCUUGUAGUGGCAAGAGAAAAGCUAGUGAUGAGAUGCAGUUGAUGGAUUUCUCAAGCCCUAAGAAAGUAAAGGAAGCGGGUGAAUCGGGUGGCGAAGACGUUUCUUCACCAGGCACCUGUGGCCAUCUUUUGAUGGAUGGACUUUGGAAGAAAGUUGGAGAAACAGAGCUCCAGGCUAUAGCGUCGGCUGUUAGGAUUUUGCUAUAGAGACUUCACUGCUAUAGUGUUGCUGUGAUCUAAUUGUAUUCAAAGCUGUGACUAAAUCAUCAUGCCAUCAGUUUUGUCAAUUUAUUCUAGUUUUCAUACUUCAUCAGCAUGUUUUUUCUUUAUGGUUUGGAUUCUGUAUUUAAAUUUUAAAGUUUAAAUCCCCUUACUUAAACAUCAUUAUUAUAAAAAAAUAAAAAUAACUGCUUAUAUAUACUGUUUGUACAUAAUGCUACUAUAUAAC